AUGGCUCACACAUCACCGAGCGGUCCCAUGCCCCGGCUGCCCCACCGAACGCACCCUGGCACCGCUGCGGGGACCAAGCCCGUGCAGCCGGGGGUCGGGAAGGCUCCAGCCCACAGAUGGGAGGAAAAAUCCUUUGGGGCGAAGGUUCUGCUCUUUCCCUCCUCCCGGCUUUGCUUUCUGCUCCUGACGCCCAGGAUCGCCGCUCCCCUUCCUGCCAGCCCCGCUCCAGGGAAAAGCCCCCUCGGAGGCUGCCAAAACCCGCGGCAGCGCUCGGCGCUGCGCACAGCCCCGCCGCGCCGGGCCGGGAUCGGGACCGGGAUCAGUAUCGGGAUUGUGAUCGGGACCGGGAUCAGGACCGGGACGGGGAUCGGGACCGGGACCGGACUCACCGCACCCUCUCUCCUCUGCUCUCGUCCCGCAGGGGCGGCGCUGCCCGCGGAGCCCCUCACUCAGCCGUGCCGGCCGCGGAGCCGCUCCCCGCCGCGCUGCUGGCUCAGAGCCAACCCGUACCAAGGCAGCCUGCUCCAGGAUGGCGUCAGGAGGUACCUGCAGCUGCCAGCAGACCAGACAGUGCUGAUCCUGCACGCCAAAGUCGCACAGAAAUCCUACGGCAACGAGAAAAGGUUUUUCUGUCCCCCACCUUGUGUUUACCUGAGCGGGCCGGGAUGGAAGUUAAAGCAGGAGCAGAUAAAAGCCAGGGACCUGGGAGAGGCUGGAUUUCGGGUGUGUGGGUACAUGGGGCUGGACAGCAUGGGCAGCAGCCUGAUGGAGACCCAGAAGCUGAGCUUUGAGGAGCAGCCAGAUGCAAAGGGGUUCAGCUGUGCCAAGGCUCUGUACAUCUCGGACACGGACAAGCGCAAGCAUUUCCGCCUGGUUCUGAAGCUCUUCUUCAGCAACGGGCAGGAGAUCGGCACCUUCCACAGCAAACUCAUCAAGGUCAUCUCCAAGCCCUCGCAGAAGAAGCAGUCCCUGAAGAACACGGACCUCUGCAUUUCCUCAGGCUCCAAAGUGUCCCUGUUCAACCGCCUGCGCUCCCAGACCGUCAGCACCCGGUACCUGUCUGUGGAGGAAGGAGCCUUCACCGCCAGCGCCAGGCAGUGGGCAGCCUUCACCCUCCACCUGGCCGAGGAGCGCUGCCCCCGGAGCGAGUUCCCCCUGCGGGAAGGGUACAUCCGCUACGGCUCCGUGGUCCAGCUGGUCUGCACGGCCACCGGCGUCACCCUGCCGCCCCUGAUCAUCCGGAAGGUGAUGAAGCAGUAUGCCAUGCUGGACGUGGAUGAGCCCAUCUCCCAGCUCCACAAGUGUGCCUUCCAGCUCCAGGGCAGUGACCGCAUGUACCUGUGUCUCUCCACAGACAAAGUGAUCCAGUUCCAGGCAUCUCCCUGCCCAAAGGAAGCCAACCGGGAGCUGCUGAACGACGGCUCGUGCUGGACCAUCAUCAGCACGGAGACGGUGGAGUACACCUUCAGUGAGAGCCUGGCGUGUGUCCGUGAGCCCGUCAGCCCUGUGCCACUCAUUUCUGCCCUGCAGCUCACAGGUGGUGGGGAUGUGGCCAUGCUGGAGGUGCAGGGGGAGUAUUUCCAUGCACACCUCAAGGUCUGGUUCGGAGAUGUGGAAGCAGAGACAAUGUACAGGAGCCCCAAGUCCCUUGUGUGUGUCGUCCCUGACGUCUCUGCCUUUGGCAGUGACUGGAGGUGGCUGCGAUAUCCCAUCACGGUCCCGCUCCUGCUGAUCAGGGACGAUGGCCUCAUCUACUCCAGCUCAUUCACAUUUACCUACACCCCGGAGCAGAGCUGCAUCCCAGGGCAGCAGGUCCUCUCAGAUGUUCCCCAGGACUCGGACAAAUUACUCGACAGCAUCCACCAGGAGUUUACCAGGACCAACUUCCACCUCUUCAUGCAGACCUAGCAGGCUGGGUGGGCACAGGAAGGGGAAUAGCCCUGAGCCAUGAUGGGGGGCUCAUCCAGGGCUUGGGGGGCCCUGCCAAAGGGUCCUCCCUGCUCAUCGAACAUGCACCAUGCUCCUGUGGUUUACUGAUUUCUCUCUUUUUCCUGGCAGCAUCUGACACUGUUGAGAUCUCACAUAAGAGCAUCAAUAAAUCAGGCUUGAAGGACUC